GGAGUAGUUCAGAUCUAUUGUAGUUUUAGAUACAAACAACCGUCUCACUCUGCAGUUAGACCUACCGGAUCUUGUACCGGUCGGAGCUGUAACGUGUGGAAGAGACUAUGGCGGCAGUAGAAGCACACAGAGUUCUCGUUUACGGAGGCAAAGGAGCUUUGGGAGCCAAAUGUGUCCAAUAUUUCAAGUCUAAAAACUGGUGGGUGGCAUGUAUUGACCUGGUUGCCAAUGAGGAGGCAAGCGCCAACAUUCUGGUCAAACCCACAGACUCCUUCACUGAUCAGGCAGAACAGGUUUCAACGGAUGUAUCAUUGUUGCUGGGCGACCAGAAGGUGGAUGCCAUCUUGUGUGUGGCAGGAGGAUGGGCUGGGGGCAGUGCGAAGGCUAAAGGGCUGUUUAAGAACAGUGAUCUGAUGUGGAAACAGAGUGUGUGGACGUCAACAAUCUCUAGUCACCUAGCAACCAAACACCUAAGAGAGGGGGGUCUGCUCACCCUGUCUGGAGCCCACGCUGCUCUAACCGGAACCCCAGGUAUGGUGGGUUAUGGCAUGGCGAAAGCAGCGGUCCAUCAGCUUUGUCAGUCUCUAGCAGGAUCUGACAGUGGACUCCCCCCACAAGCUUCUGCUGUCGCUCUGUUACCUGUUACCUUGGAUACGCCUAUGAACAGGAAGUUCAUGCCAGAUGCUGAUGUCAGUUCCUGGACGCCGUUAGAAUAUAUAGCAGAGAUGUUCUACAGCUGGUGCACAGGGGAGAACCGGCCAACCUCCGGAACACUGCUGCAGCUUGUGACAUCACAGGGGCAGACCCAGGCCACACCCCUCUAGAAGUACACUCUGACCACCUGCUGUCAUGUGACGUAAAUAGGGACUGCCAGAUCACAACAGACACGACCUGUAGACAGGCUGCAGAACUCUGAUGUAUGCAAUUACUGUUUUUGAUGAGCUCUGAUGUGAAAGCUCAGAGGAUCAAUUAUUGAAUUUAAAGUGACCUAAUAUUGUGUGUGUGUGCGUGCGUGUGUGCGUGUGUGCGUGCGUGCACCCACCCAGUGUCAAGUACUAAACCUUUGUCCAAUAAAAAGUAUUGG